AAACAAUUAGACGAUUUUCAUUUAUAAAGACACGUUACGUCUUCUUAUUAAAGGACUAUAGUGAGAAAAUAAACUGUUCAAUAUGAAAAAUAAACUUAUAUAUGGAUUGUUGUCGUCAAUGUUUAUAAUUUCUUAUAUUAUUGAUGAUGCAUAUGGAUCUAAACCUCAAAAAAUAGUUUCAGUUGCAAAAGUUAUUUUUGAAUCAUAUUCUGACAUUCUUAACGGAACAAAGAAUAUUUCUGUAAUAUCUUUUGAUGUUGUAAAUAACGUGAUGAAAAUACCUAAUAAAAAAAAAUUCGGUUCCAAACAUAAAAUUUUCGAGGAUACUUUUAAAAAUCAAAAAAUUCAAAUAAAUGCUGAUGAAUUAGAAGCGGAACUUUCGAAAAAACUCGAAAUCAUAAGAUAUCAAAACAUAUCAAAGGAUGAUUUAUUUAAAUACGUUUUAAACGUCACAUUGCAAGGCAGAGAUUUAUCAUUUAAAUUUAUAAUCGAUGAAUUAUCAAAUGCAAUUAGCAGUAUUCUUAAAGUAUAUAAAUUUAAUUUAAAGAAAUACGCAAAAUUUAUUGCCAUUCGAAUUUCAAAAGCAGUUUCAGAAAUUGCAAAAGAUCCAAUGCAACCUAUGAAAGUAUCAUUUGUAAGCAAUGAAUAUUCUCAAAUUCUUUACAGAAAAUUACAAUCCCAUAGAUAUAUUUUACCAAUGAAUCAGCUAAUAAGGGAUUAUAUAUUAUAUUUUAUAAAAAAAUCCGAAAAUAUCGAAUCACAAAUAAUUCUCGACAAAUUUAAAACUACCAUUUACGAUGUUCUUGAAAGAAAUAUAUACCAAGAUUUACGUACUAAAAUCCAUAUAAUUCAUAUUAAUUGUUACAACAUUUUGUACAAUCACAAUAUUUUAGAUAAACUUAAAUUCUAUCUUCAUACAAACUUUAAAUAUAAUGCUACAAUAUCAUCUUUUUAUCAAACAAGAGAAAUAAUGCAAAAAAUUUUAGAGCAAAUGAAUUUAGAUACACAUGAAAUGCAUAUAAAACUUUUGCAACAUUCUGUUUUACAUACACUUUUGGAGAGUAAUUUUGAUUGCAGCAAUAACAAUUCUACAUUUGAAAUUUUUAAUAUUUCUACUAAAAUCUUACAUUCUGUUGAAAAUCAAUUAAACAAUAAAGAUGAAUUAGGAAAAUUAAAAACAGUCACAGAAGCUUAUAAUAUUAAAUAUCAAAAUUUUGAUCUUAUUUUACUAGAAAGAAAAAUAUUUCAAGAAAUUUUUAAAACUAAAGUAGUAGUAGUGUCAAAUGAUAAAAAUGUAGAAGAAAAAUAUAGUUUCAUGCGUCGUUUACAUUCUAUAAUAAAAAAUUAUACGAACACUUUAUUUAAUGAUUUUGAAUUGGGACGAGAAAUUGAAAAUUUAUUUAAACAAGUUAAAAAUAUUAAAGAUGAAAUUUUCAUAAUAGAAAGAAAAAUUAUUCAAUUUAUUUUAAAUAAAUUUUUACAUCAUUUUACUAGUAACGGAGAAAUAGAUAAACUUCUUUAUCCAAUACAUGAAAAUGCUAAUUAUGAAUGUUUUAAUCACACGUUCACUAAGAUUCAUUUCUAA